AAGAAGCUAACUGGUCUGAGGCCAUAUCAGCAUCAUGGCCCCUCAGGACAACACCUUCCUAUGUCUUGUGAUCUGCCUGGGUCAGACAAUUUGGGCACAAGAAGAUUUUCCCAUUCCCAUCAUAUCCACUGCAACAAAUCCUAUGGUUUCCUGGAAUGAGUCUGUGAGGAUCCUGUGCAGGGGAACACCGGAAGCCUUCCUGUAUCAGUUGUCCCUGAUGAAAAACUCCACACAAACAGUUAUAGAGAAGAAACUAGGAUUUCAAAAAGAGGCUGAAUUCAUUAUCAACCACAUGAAUUCAACACUGGCAGGAUGUUAUCAGUGUCAGUAUAGGAAGAAGAACCACUGGUCAGAGCAGAGUAAACCCCUGAAGCUAGUGGUGACAGGCUUGUAUGACAAACCUGUCCUCUCCACAGAUCAAAGCCUUGUGUUGUUACCAGGAGAGAACGUUUCCUUCAAGUGUAGUUCAGCCCACAACCUGUUCAACAGAUUUUCACUGGCCAAAGAGGGAGAAGCUUCCUUGCCAUUGCACCAACAUAAGGAGUCUCAAGGCAACUUCCACCUGGGUCCUGUGAACGCUGACUUCAUUGGAAAAUACAGAUGCUACGGCUGGCACAACAACAGCCCCUAUGUGUGGUCAGCCCCCAGUGAUGCCCUGGAGCUCAUUGUCUCAGUUACAUCUCUAGACUCCGAGAAGCAUGAUUACGUGAUGGAGAAUUCAAUCCGGAUAGGUAUGGCUGGGCUGGUCCUUGUCAUACUCUUGGUGAUAGUAUCUGAAGAUUGGUACAGCCACAGGAUCUCACACAAGGAAUGCUGUCAGGAACGGGCUGCAAAGAGAUGGAGCAAACAGGGUGUCAGACCUAGUGACUGUAGAUAAAUACUGGGAACCACAGGUUCUUGCAAACAGGAAAAGCCAUUAAAAGCUUGGAUCUAUCUGAAGGCUACAAGGUUUGAGCGAAAAGUGUCCACCACAGGCUCAUGUGUUUGAAUACUUACUCUCCAGCAGAGGAUGCUGUUUGGGGAGAUGUAUAGAACCUUCAAGUUGUGAUAUAUAUAGUUCACUGGAGGCUACUCUUUGAAGGUUAUAGUCACUUCAGGUUCCCAUCUAGAUGUCUACCACCAUACACUCCCAUGGAACUGCUUCUAUGAUAUUCCUUUCUGCCAUGAUAGAAUACUCCCUCUGAAAAGAUGAGCCAGAAUCAGUCUCGUCUUUCUUCCUGUCAGGUGGCAAAAAAAUUAACCAAUACACAGAGACAUCAGAUGGUAUGGUCAUGGAUUGAUCUGGUGCUAUAUCUUCUCUAUUAGUUAGCACACAACUUUGGCGUUUUAAUACAUUUUUCUUUUAUUUGUGAGCUUAUAAUAUAAUUACACAAUUUCAUUCUUCCCUUGGAUAGGUUUUGUCAACUUGAAACAAACUAGGAGCAUCUGGGGAGAGGGUACUUUAAUUGAAAAAAUACUUCAGUCAGCUUGCCCUUCAAGCAAGCCUGUGGGGUAUUUUCUUGAUUAACGGUUGCUGUGGGAGCAGGGAGGCCAGCUCACUGUGGGUGGCAUCUCCCUGGGCAGGUGUUUCUGGGUUUUAGGAAAAGCAAACUGAGCAAGCCAUGGAGAGCAAGCCAGUAAGCAGCAUUCUUUCGUGGACUCUGCCUUCAGCUCCUGCCUCCAUGCGUAUGCUUUCACUUUCUACCCUGGCUUCCCCUGAUGAUGGAAUGUAACCUGUAAACCAAAUAAAUCUUUUCCUCCAC